CUGGUGUUGACAACAAACUGUGCAGGGGGUCGACGGCGCAAAAGAUUCUUCUAAUUAAGUCCUUCUACUUCACACACUAAGAGGCAAUUAAUUAACGCAAAAAUACUCAAGUAGAAAUCAUGUCUGGAACCUUGAAAAAUGAGGAAGCAGACACGCCAGUGCAUUAUUUAACGCGCGGCGCUUCAGCGGGUAUUCGUGCGGACGAUCACCUGUUACGACCGAGGCAUAGAGCGAGCGGGAUGAUGAGGAUGGCAGGGGACGGGACAAAAGAUAAUGUUCCUGUUGGUGCCACUACUUCUCGAAGAAGUACAAGAACAGCUCGAGGUGGUCGAACGUCAGCCCCAAGUAGGGACGUUGCAGGAAGAACGAGCAGCAGAGUUGAAGAGCAGAAGAUGUCGCCUCCUGACGGUGCUGCGUCAUCUUCAAGACGAAGUUUUGUUCCAGCUUCUCGGUCUUCUCGUCAGAGUCAAAAUGAAUUCAGUGCACCUACUAGAUCAUCGAGAAGUCGAAGGAUAAUCCUUCAUCAUACUUGUGGUCGACCGCCGUCUCUAGUUCGACGUCCUGAAGAUGUGUCACCUUCUCCAGUAGGAAAAGCAAAGGGAGACACACCUGUAGGGAUUGGAGGCUCAGCAGAAGAAGCAGGAAGGGGGGGAUCGUCAAGGCUGCAUCCGAAACUAAUGAAGUCUUCUACUUUUGGUUCUGGGAAGAAUGUUGUAAAAGUGUACCGUGCUACGCCUACUCGCAAAAACAAGUUGUCACCGUCACAGGCACAGCCAUCAAGGUUAAAGACGAGGAAUAGCGUUAGCAGACGUAGUGUCGCACGACAUCAAGAAGAAGAAGAAGGUGAAGAUUGGGAUGGCGGUCAAGUUCGGCACAAAGUGUCAUCGACUGCUGGUCAUGACAGGGGGAACAACAAUCUUCAGCCAAACGAACACAGCCGUUCUUCCAACUCCAGCACUUCUUCUUCAAUCUCGAAGAUGAACAACCGCACUAGCCAAAUGAAUGGCAAUAAAAAUCAUGGUGCUAGUAGUUCCAGUACUAAGGUGAAGUUGUCAUCACGGGAUUUUUUCGAGCAAGUGGUGACCAAAACCGUUGAUGCUAUCAGCGAAGCGAUUGCGCGGACUAGUACAGUAGCGACUUCAAGAACCCAGCCUCCAGGUGGUGGUGGAUCUCCAGACAGCCCAUACAUACCACCUGCACGUCCAUCCGCGUCAUCGUCCUUAGGUGGUCAGCUGCAUGGGCCAGCUGGUGCUGGUGCGCGUGUGUCUGCGUCAUCCUCCUCAGGAGGUGGUCAUGAUGUUCCUACAAGAAGAGCAGAGGGACAUCUGCAGCACCAGCAGAGAAUAUCACAGCAUGAUGAUCUUCAUCAUGCGGAUGACCCUGAUGUUAGCGGAGACCCUGAUGUUAGUUUCCUGUAUGACAAAAGCGGUCGACCGGUGAUGCCUAGUCCGUUCUCCUCUGGUCAUCAAGAACAUCAUCUGAAGAAGCACAGUACUACCUCUACAGCUGCCCAUACUAGAACCUCUGCUAUUGGUCAUUAUAAUAUUGAGGAACAACCACAUCUACCACGCACGAGUACUAACGCGUACGCGACCUCUUCUUCUCUGGGACGAGGUCGUUACAGUGGUCUGAACGGAGUAGAUGAUGUAGGAACACUGCCAUGGACAACUAGGCCAAGUAGAACCUCUACAACUAAAAAUUUGGGGUCUUUCCCUCAAGAACAACGCCCGAUUAAUGCUGUGGAGGAGUUUAUGCAUAUGCCUCCUACUAGUAGCAGAACUAGUUUACAGCAGACGAUCCGACCGGGGACGCCAACUGAAGCCACGGGAGGCAGAAUAAGCACUGAGUUACGCGCUAGCACGGUUGGAGUGGGUGAUCCAUGGUCGACGUGGGCCUCAGCAGCACAGAGGACAGGAGGCUUCAAUACUGAAGAGACAAGUCUGCUUACCUCUAUCAUAGGCCCGCAUCGCAGUAUAGGACUCUAUGGUACUGUAAUGCAGGAGUGUACUAACUACCUCGAUCUGCAGCUAAUAUUUUCGUUUCUCUACAAUAUUACUAGGAAUGCAGAAUUUGAAAUGUCGUUUCAACGUAUAUCGUAUCAUUAUGUCAUUCUUGCCAUUGGGCUUCCGAAGUUUUACAACCUCGAUUUUUAACAAAUAUUCGAUUUUGCUGGCUUGCCUUCUCUUUCUUCCCAAAACCUCUUAGGAUGAGAGAACAGAAAAGAAGAAUUGAGCUUCAACUCAAGAAGUAGAUUAAUGACUUACUAAGGAAAGCGCCUACAAUCUAAACAAUUCAUCACUCUUCAUAUUAUCUCCAAAUUUGUUUGUGUCUACUGCGCCAGGUGACGACGUGGAUUGGUGCAAACCCUACUACAUUGUCGAAGAGGAGGAGACUUUGGUGGAGCAGGAGCAAGACAAUUCUCUUUCAAACGAUUCUUCACCAUCUGUUCCUCGCGCCCCUACACCCACUACAUCUAGGACACGACGCGUUUCGUCUGAUACUCUUUUGGCGAGUAAUACACAGCUGAAUUCUCGAACUGCAUCCUCACGAUGUGCUAAGAGCGGAGAUUGUGCUGAGUCUUGCUCAUCGUCGAGUGGUGGUGAGACUGACGCGUUUUAUCCAGCGACGUCUAGUAGCGGCAGAAGGGGCAAGGUGAACAGCGGUAAAAAUAGUGGUAUCAGCACACGAUCGACGACGUCGUCGCCGACUUCGCGGCACCAUCCAAGAAGUGGGAAUAUGCAUCAAUCGAACGCAAAAGCUUCUUCGAAACAAAGCUACAACAUUUUUAAGACUAGAGCUUCUACUACUUGAAUUUGUACGCGUAGUACGCAUGCUACGCGUGUACGCGUAGUACGCAUUUUAGGCAGUCGUGAACUUUCUUCUUUCUGUGAUAUACCGAUCUGCUGCUGUCUGUAUGACCUAGCAAAGUUGACCUUUCAUCUUUUCUCAAUCCUCGUCCUCCUCUCACUUCCUCUAACAAGAACAAAGCGGCAACUCCGAUGAACAGUGGAGCUUCUGUCCGUACUGUUUCUUUCGCGGAAGGUCACCAUUCCAUUCUUCCGGAAUCGCCAUCUUCAUCUGUAGGAGACGAGACAAAGCAAGGAGCGUUUAGAACGUAUGGCAACUGGUGAUGAUUAUAUAUUAGAGAAGUAGUUUAUAGAACGGAUGUAGGAUGGACUUGGAUGGAUCGGAUGGACCCCCCUGAUUCUUCCGAUCCUACUUGAAAUGGUGGGAAGUCCAUCCGAUCCAUCCCAUCCCGGAUCUGGCACACCUAUAAAAUAAAUUACUCUAUUAUAAAUAUUUAUCUACUUAUUUGGUUAAAUGUUUUGUAAUUGAUGAUUUUUACACUUGAUGUUUCAGGUUCUCGUACUAAGAGAACUACAAUAAAAGUUCCUGAUCUAGUACUUUGUACUAACAAAACGAAGAUUAGCGCACAAGAACUCAUCUUCGUACUUCUAGCAAGUGAGGGACUCAAAUUACUGACUUGUAGAGUUCUAAUUCAGCUUAACCAUGCCUUCAGCGAUGCCAGGAGCUACAAGAACGGGACAACAUCAAAAUCUGACGGCGUCAUCGUCUUUACUACCAUCUCCUAACGGCACAAGUACAACUACCUCUAUUAAUAAGCGAACUUCCCAGCUGGAAGAUUUUCAAUCACCAUCGAGUUCAGCAGGAGGAGGAGACCUCCAUGAAAAACAGGAGCCUUCGAUGCUUGAUGGAAUGGUAGACCUCCUAUUUGGCAAUGGGGAUGAUAAGCAUGAGGAUUCUGGUGACAGACGAAGUCUGAAAGGAAAUAAUUACAUGUUGUCGAGGACAUCGUCUAAAAGUACUUCUAGUAGGAUGAAAAACCGGAAAGGGCGCAGUAGAGGGUCUCCUGUAGAUGAGAAUUCUAGUACUACUAGCAGAGCAGGCACGAAGACCACGUCGAAGAGAAAGGAAAGUAGGCACCAUAAUCGUGAAUCUUCAAGAAGACACAGAGACAGAGGAGGGAAUAGUGAUGCAGGUUCUGGAGGGAGAAGCCAUCGCGGCCGUGGGCGUGAUACGAGAAGAACGGAUGCUUCAAGGAGUGUGUCUUCUUAAGGCAGGUGAAGUUGUUCAACAUGAACAUGAUUUUGAUCUAGUUGCACUAGUUGUAUCAUGAUGUUUUAGAAGAUGAACAAGGAAGAUGACAGGGAUCAUGAUGUUGUCGUAAGCUCUAAUGAUUAUCUUCGCGCUCACGCAGUAAGAGAACAAGUCGCUCCCCGACGACAUCGAAGAACAGAAACAAGGACCACAGUAGAAAGGACAGAAGCGUCAAGAACACGUCAUCAAGAAAGAGAAUACGAAGCCACAAGGGUCGAAGCGCAAGAGAAAGGAGCACUUCGACAAGUAGGACCAGCAGUUCUAGCGACUUCGAGUGCAGUGACAGCGAUGAAGACGACGCAACGCCUAAUGCAGACAGUACAAGAAAGGCAAAGACCAAUGGAGUUUCCAAAAUCACAUCAUCUACACCUUCAUCAAGGCGUCGGGAUGAUCGUGACCACGGUAAGGAAAAAAAACAGAAGCAUCACCAAGAGCAGAAAGACCCUAAAAAGAUGACGACUUCACCUACUUCUAAAAACUCUUCAUCCUCAUCCGGUGCUAGAAGAAGCACUGGAAGAACAAGAACCACAGAUAAACAAGCAACUACUUCUUCUACCUCCAACAAGAAGAAAGGUGUCAAUAACUUCUUGUCAAAGGACGAAGAUGAGAAUAGCAAUGGAGAUGAUGACAUUCCGAGAAGGAAAGUUGAGGAAUGAGAUGAGGAGUCCUCAUGUAGCUCUUCACCUAAUCCUAGAAGGUCUUCGCCAGGAAGUAGGAGGUGAGUCCCGACUCGAAAAUGUUCUUUGCUAAUUAAGAGUUCUGUACUUGAGUUUUAAUUCCAGCUCUUCUUUUAUUUCGAUGUUGAUGUAAUUCGUCGUAUGUUCUUGCUCUGGCACAACAAAUAAUAUUACGCGUACGCGUUUUUUUUACUUCCGUUUCUUCCAUCCAGAAGAGUUUCCCCGCGGAAUCUUUCCCCACCUCCGUUUCUUGUUUACGAUCACAUGAGUAACUGAAAGUGAUUCUCUCGCGACGUCUCGUCGAGGUCCUCGACCAGCACAUCGCGCAGGAUGACCUAAAGUUUAAUUAAGUGGUCUAAAAACAUCUCGAGGCGCAGAUGUUGGGACUUUUCUGUUCCCACGAACAGUUACUUCUUCCGCAAUAUCAAGACAAUUCG